AGCUGACUGCUAACCACCAUUAAUUCCAAACGGAAAAUCCGGCUGUGCCAAGUGAAGGUACUGCGCAUGUCCGUGAAACCGGCAAGGAGGCGUGGCGUCCGUGACGUAGCAGGAAACGUGGCUGGUGUCGCCUCCACGUGAGUCCCACGAUGUCUUCAGGAGAUGACCAGUUGCGCCUCAAUACGUCAUCAUCAUCAUCGUCUUCCUCCAAGAGAGUCAUAGUCGGCAAGAGGAAGUUGACUUCCUCACCCCAGCGGCGGCGUGGCAAGCACGCCAGGCUGCAAGAGGCGGGGCCUGAAGCCGCCCCUCCUACACGUGCCCAGGUACACAGGAAGUCGGACGCAAAGGGCGCCAUCAAGACGUCGUCUCUGUUCAAACACAACCCGGACAUCCCGCAAGUCCACAGACCCGACGUGUCGCCGCUGACGGAGAAGAUUUUUACUUCAGACUCCUUCUCAGACCUGAACCUGCACCCCCACCUGGUGGCGACGUUGAGCAAAGUCCUAAACGUUUCCACGCUGACCAGUGUUCAGAAGCAAACCAUCCCUGCUCUCCUGGCGGGACGAGAUGCCGUCGUUCGAUCCCAGACCGGCUCAGGUAAGACGCUGUCCUUCGCCGUCCCGCUGGUCCAAGCGCUGCAGGCGUUGCAACCCAAGGUCCGCCGCUCGGACGGUCCGCUGGCCGUGGUCAUCGUUCCUACCAGAGAGCUGGCCCUGCAGACCUUCCACACCUUCCAGAAGCUUCUCAAGCCCUUCAUGUGGAUCGUUCCCGGCGUUCUCAUGGGCGGAGAGAAACGGAAGGCUGAGAAGGCCAGGCUGCGGAAAGGAAUCAACAUCCUGAUCUCCACCCCUGGACGUCUGGUGGAUCACAUCAAACACACCCUCAGCAUCGCCUUCAGUGCGGUCCGCUGGCUGGUUCUGGAUGAGGCUGACCGGACGUUGGACUUGGGCUUCGAGAAGGACCUGUCAGUCAUCUGCAACGCUUUGAACUCAAGCGGCCCCAACAGACAAAAUGUCCUGCUGUCAGCGACACUCACACCAGGCGUGAAUCGUCUAGCAGACGUGUGCGUGAAGGAGCCAAUCACCAUCCAUGUUUCUGACCCCGCCUCCGCCGGCCCCGCCGCUGUGGCCGCCGUGACCUCUGACCCCGCCCCAGGCAGCCGAUGGGAGAGCUUUGCGGUGCCCCCGGCGCUCAGGCAGUUUGUGGUGAUGGUUCCCAGCAAGGUCCGGCUGGUGUGCCUGGCCGCCUUCGUGCUGGACCAGUGCCAGUUCUCGGAGAACAAGGUGAUGGUGUUCGUGUCCAGCUGCGAGGAGGUGGACUUCCUGCACUCGCUGCUCGCCGGCGUGCUGUCGGCUGACGGGCGUCCCGGACUGCACUUCCUGCGUCUCCAUGGCAACAUGCACAAGGAGGAGCGCUGUGAGGUCUUCCAGAAGUUCUCGUCCGCGGCAUGUGGCGUUCUGCUGUGCACGGACGUCGCCGCUCGAGGUCUGGACCUCCCUCAGGUCACCUGGAUCCUUCAGUACACCCCGCCCAGCACCGCAGCAGAGUACGUCCACCGCGUGGGCCGCACGGCUCGUAUCGGAGCGCGGGGGAGCAGCCUCCUUUUCCUCACCCCCGCAGAGUCCGCCUUCAUCUCCGAGCUGGCCAAUCACAACAUCAGCCUGGCGGAGAUGAAGCUGUUGGACAUCCUGUCCAGUCUCAUGAGGGACAACACCUACAAGGGGCGGGGCAAGUACCACAGCCAGAGUUCGUCCAAAGCUCGGGAGCAGGAGACGCGCGAGAGAGCUACCGUCCUGCAGACGCAGUUUGAGAACUUUGUCCACGCCGACGCCACGUCGCUGCGGAACGCCAAAAGAGCGCUGCAGUCGUACCUGAGGUCCUACACCAGCUACCCCGCCCACCUCAAACACGUCUUCCACAUCCACGCCCUCCACCUGGGCCACGCCGCCAAGAGCUUCGGCCUGCGAGACGCUCCGCAUCGCCUUGGCGGCGCCGCCCCGCCCGCGAAGCGGAAGACGGCGAGCGCCAGGCGUGACGUCGGGAAGACCGCCGCACGCAGAAAGUUCUGUUUGGGCCACAAGAACAUGGCUUUGCUCCGCUCAGAGUUCUCCAGCGGCCUGGGAAAGCCCAAGAAGAAGAAGAAGAAGAAGGAGGAGGAGGCGGAGCUACAAUGUUAACAUGAAAGAUGGCGCCCCCGUUGGCCAACACACACAACAACACCUUUGUCCUCUUUUUUUAAUAAAUGCUAAUGAAUUCA